UACAGCUGAUGUCAGUAUUAGUCAGCUGGUAAGCAAAAUGAUCAUAUUCAUAGAGUGAGAAUGUUUGAAAAUGCAAGAAAAGGAACUCAAAAAAGUAGUUCAAAUAUGGUUCUGCUCUCUUCCACAGAAAACCACUGGCCCCCUUAAACACUGAACACAAAUAGCUUUAGUCCCACCCCAAUGCAGACCUCCAUUGAGCUUCCUGAACUAAGAUACUGUGCUUGUUUACACACAAUAGAGCUAUCAACUAUAAUUUAAGUGAAAUGACAAUGAAUGACCGUAAAAGAUGGACUCUACUUAUGAUCUGUGCAUGGGAAAUCUCCAUCUGUGUGUCAGUAUCCAGCGCUUCAGCUCUGGAGGAGGUACUGAAUAGAGCUGUAGGAGAGUCUAUUACAUUCCCUACUCGGGUUCCUGCAUCUGGUUCUAUAAUGUAUGGUGGCAGUGUCAUUGGACAGGUGUUCAAUAAACAGACUGAGACAGACAUUACUGAGGAGUUUAAGAAUCGUCUCCACUGGGACAGUCAGAGUGGGUUCUUCACUCUCUCAGACCUGAGAACAGAUGAUUCAGGUGUUUAUACUGUAGAGAGCACUAAAGAGGAGAAGAGUCAACAAGCCUAUCAGCUGAAUGUGUACGAUAAAGUAUCUGUACCUCAGGUGAUAAAACUCAACUCCAGUCCUGCAGAGAGUGAACUCUGUUUAUUGCAGUGCUCAGUGAGGAAUGUGAGAGGACUGAAUCUCUCUUGGUUUAAAGGUGAUGUCUUAUUAAAUCACAUCAACAGCUCCAGAUUUGAUGACACACUGAAUCUCCCUCUGAAAAUCACAUCAAACAAUGACAUCUUCAGCUGUGUAGCGUCCAACCCAGCCAGUAAGCAGACGACCACAGUCAACCUUACAGAGCACUGCUUUUAUCACUCAGAAUCAGACAAUAGGGUUCGACAAAGACUGUCAUUCCUAUCUUUGCUAUCAUAUGUGCUGCAGUGGCAGUGAUAGCAGUGGCUGUGUUUCUGUGGAGAAAGAAAUCUGCAUGUCUGCCAGAAACAAAAGAGCAAAAAAAUCAACAGCUACUCUCACAAGUGAUAUAUAUGACAGCUGGCCCCUGACAGCUACUCAAGACUCAACCACACGACGCUCCGUCCACAGCAGAACAGCUUAGAGACAAACAGGAAGGUGGUGGUUAAACGAUACAAGUGUAGCAUUUUUGUAUCAUGUUUCUCUAAGAGCUUUACUUCAGUUGAUUUAUGUAUACUGUCUGCAUUUAUCUACAUUUGAUACAUGCACAAAAGCAUCUUUAAGAAAAUUUAACCUCAUUGUAUCUGAAGCUACAGUAAAGUACUUUAUUCUAAAGAUAUAAAGACUUUAGCAUGACUAGCUCUGCAGGACUAACAUUACACUGUUAAUUAUCCAUCACUUUAAUAUUUCCAUAAUCGUUAUGAUCACACUAACUUUGAGCUAUUACUUAAAUGAAAAAUAUGCUUAAAACAUAAUUUAUAGUAAACAAUAAUAAUACAAAUAAAAUAUAGCAAAUAAUUAGCAUAAAUAUAAGUUUUAGCACACAGAAUGGUUUUUAUUUACUAUCUUCAUGUAUUACUAUCUGUAUGAUUCAGGAAUUCAAAUCAGCCCACCCACACACACUUACUACACACAUUAUUAUUCAGGUGAAUGGUUUAGUAUGAAUAAUAAAGUUUGUUUGAUUUUUAUGAUCAUGGAAAAUGAA